AUGAUAAAAAACUUUCCUCCUGACAAUUGCCAAGACUAUGAAUCUUAUGCUGAGUUCCUUAGUCCACUCAUUAUCAUGUUACAGGCUUUAGUACAUUUGGGUGAUAAACAGAAUGAUGUGAGUCAAAUAACAUCAUAUAUGCUGGGUAUUUUCUCUGCAAUUCAGAAGGCUGAUGAUUCUGUUGAUGCUAUAUGUACCCAUAAAUUGCAUGUUUUGUCAAAAAUAGGUUCUCUUGCAAUAAAACAUCUGACUAUGCAUUGCAAGAUUUCCUUGGAUGCUUCCCAUCUUGUGUUGCUACCAUCAUUAUACUUCAAGGUUUGCCAGGAUGCAAAUGACCAAGGGAGAUCAACUGCCACUGAUAAGUUAUUGGAAGGAGGCUUUAUGAGGCAGAUUCUCAGUAUAUUUGAAUCUUACAUAAAUCAGGUGGCCUCCAUUGCACCUCUAAAUUCAUCUCAUGCAGUUGUAUUUCAAAGCAUGCUGAUUGAACUAUGA